UGCUUUUCUUGUACCGGAAGUUAGAGCGUUAAAAGACUUAAGCGGCCUUUUCAAUAGGCCAACAUGGCGGAAACAAAAAAGAAGGUUCCGCAGGUGCCAGAAACCCUCUUGAAAAAGAGGAAGAGGAACGAGGAAGUCCGUGCCAAGAGGGCCAAGGCUGCUAUUCUCAGCAAAAAGAAAACUGCUUCGAGGAAACAGACCAUCUUUAAGAGAGCCGAAAAAUAUAUCAAAGAAUACCGGUCCAUGGAUAGGGAAACCAUUCGCCUACAUAGACAAGCAAGGGCAAAUGACAACUUCUAUGUUCCAGAUGAGCCAAAGCUGGCAUUCGUAAUGAGAAUCAGAGGUAUCAACGGCGUCCAUCCCCGACCCAGGAAGGUGAUGCAGUUGUUCCGUUUGAGACAGAUCAACAAUGGUGUGUUCAUUCGUAUGAACAAAGCCACCAUCAACAUGCUUAGAAUCGCUGAGCCAUUCAUCACGUGGGGGUACCCCAACUUGAAGAGUGUGAAGGACUUGAUCUACAAGCGUGGAUAUGCUAAGGUCGACGGCAGAAGGAUCCCACUUACCGACAAUGCUAUCAUUGAGAAGAGUUUAGGUCAGUUCGGAAUCAUCUGUAUCGAGGAUCUGAUUCACGAGAUCUACACGGUCGGACCCAACUUCAAGGCUGCCUCUAACUUCUUGUGGCACUUCAAGAUGAACACGCCCACUGGAGGCUGGAGGAGGAAGUACAACCAUUACAAUGAUGGUGGAGAUUUUGGCUGUCGCGACACCCAGAUUAACCCACUGCUCCGGAGGAUGAUCUAGAUGUGUGGUAUAGGACUGGUCUUAUCUAAGUGGCUGAAACGUUAACUUAAUAAAGUCACCUGUGAUGGGAAUACAAUGUC